UGAUGAAAGAAAAUGAAUGAAAAAGCAAAUGGCUGACUGAAAUCGACGUUCACAGUCCUAAAAUAAAUCCGAUGUAAUUCUAUGAAUAAUGCGCUCUUCAUGAUAAUGAUUAGCGAAAUAAGACUAUUAAAAAUCUAAAGAAUUAAGAUAACAAUAUAUUAGCGAAAGAAAACUUGCAUAAACUAUAAGAAAUACAGAAAACUAAACCUUAGCUUAUACAAAUCGUAUAUUAUUGAAAAAGAAAUUGUUGUGCCUGAGACGGACGCACGUCCGUUAAUUUCUAAGGAACGGUCCUUGGUAAUCGGUCACGUAUUCUGUCGCAGUUGAUGUAAUGUGACAAGUUGGCGACGGGCGGGGGCGCCGCCCUCCGAGCCACCAUGGACCGAGGCUAUGACAAGCGACACGGCAAGCACCACAAGGAGAAACACAAGAAGCAUUCGCACAGGAAGCACAGAACUCCGCCGAGUGGUGGUCAUGAACAGUCGUUCGCCACGUCCAACUCUCACAAGCGGCUGGUGGAGUACUCGGACGUCAGCUCGGAGGCCCUCUCGGCCCCAGAGGCUGGUGAGAUUGACAGUGAGGCCAGCUCGAUCAGUCGACACAUCGCUGAUGAUCUCGACCGAACGAGAAAAUCUCACUCCAUUCGAACAUUUGUUGACAACAAAACUAUAUCUGUUACGACGACCAGUCGGAGAGUUACCGACGAUUAUAGUCUCACACGAGAUUCUUCAUCAACAGUAUCGCGGAAGCGACGCGCCGUGAUCGAAUACGAACCGGACCCAGAAUAUGAUGAACACGGCAGGUACAAAAAGAAAAAAGAGAAGCGGAAGAAAGAUAAGAAGAAAAAGAAAAAGAAGUCUAAGCAUCGGUCGAGAUCUGCAAGUCUGGAGAGUGUCUCUCCAGAUGACAAUGUGCCCGAAGAAGCUAAUGUGAGAGCGGCUACUCCACAGAGGUAUCAGCAUGUGCCGAUCAGUGAAUGGGAGAAGGCCUCAUCACCUCUUCGCAAUGGGUCUUGUUCGCCAGUGUCGCCGACCACACCGCCACUGCACCGUCAUGACGUCUCGCCUCGACACAUACGAGUCACCCAUAGAGAGCCUUCACUGCAUCACAAUGUGCUGCCUUACACACCGCACCGGGAGAGAUCACCACCCCUCAGGCAGCACUCUCGUCCGAAGCGACAUCGGGCCGGGUGCGAGCUCGCUGUGACGGCGGUAGCGGCGCGAAGGCGGCAGAAGUCUACGACGCCUCACACGCCAGCAGCGCCGCCGUACAACGAGACGGUCACCAUCGACUCGGACCCGGAGAUCGAGUACGUGCGCCCGCGCCGCGAGUACUGGCACGAACAGCACCCGAUGCCGUCACCCAUUAUGGUACCAGUGAGUGUGCGCGUUGGCCCCGCAGACUCGCCCGUGGAGCGCGCGCGCGACUCGCCGCGCCGCCACCGCCGCCGCGACUCGCGACGCCGCCACCACAGCCGCGACCGCCACCGCGACCGCGACCGCGACCCCAAGCCCACGCACAGAUCAAACAGUCGCAACUCGAUGAAGCGGCGGCGGUCUGUGUCGCGCAUGCGCCGGCGGGACUCCAGCGUGUCGCCGCCGCGGCAUCGGACGCGGCACGGAGACUCCUCGAGGGACAAACACAGAAGUAAGCACGAGUCGCCGAGCCCACCCUCGCUGUUGCAGCGCAGGAUAAACUUCAAAGAGAAGAUCAGCGACACCAGCCUGUUUGCGGAGCUAGUCAAGGAUAAACACAAGAGGGCUCAGAAAUUACAGGAAAUACUGCAUCAGAAAGAAGAGGAGUCGCAGGGCGCGAUUUCUGUGAGCACAUCCAUAAACAAUCCGGAGAUACUGACCAUAGACGAGUUAUCGAACACGACUGUCGACACAGCCACACCGGUAUCGAAAGAGAACGGCGAGGCGAGUAAGGACACUGUUUUAGAGGUGGCGGACAUACCCGUGCCCGAGCAGGAGCAAACACCUCAACCGUCACAGCCACCGCAACCACAACCGCCACCUGCUGAUCCCGCGCCUGUACCUGCGCCGACACCGCCGCAGCCCGCCGCGCCGCCUGCGCCCGCGCCGCCGCCCGCGCCCGAGACCAACGGGCCCGAGGAGACCCGUGUCGUUGAGAAACUGCCAUCUCCGCCGUCGCCGCCGGCCGCGCUGGUGGCGUCGGUGGCGUCGGUGGCGCCGCUGCCGCCGCUGCCCAAGGUGGGAGGCAGCGUGGUGGACGGCGUCUAUCAGCAGAACAGCCAGCCGCCGCCCACCAAGCCCAAGAGCCUCACCAAACUACCCAUGCCGCCCAAUACACAGGUUGAAGACCUGAAGACGCUUGCUAACGAUAGUCCGUUGAGCACUCCGUCGCCCAGCCCUGUCAAGAAACCCGAAAAACCCAAGCGGACCGGCAUCAUGAACUUACCUAUGCCGCCUGUACAAUUUCCAGUGAUACCGGGCUCUGAGGAAUUGAGCGCGGACGAGAUGGACGGGUCCACGCCGCCGCCAGCCUCCCGGCAAGAUCAGUACUCGCAUGUGUUCAGCAGGAAAACCGCGAGGGACAACAAUACUGGUUCAAAACUAAAAAGGCCACGUAUACUGAAGAGGCGAGGAUCGAAGGUGGUUCCUGUAGCGACGCCAACGCACCACGCGAAAGACUGGGGCGAGAAGUGCGUCGACGGGUUCCAGGUAAUAACCCAAAUCGGCGAAGGCACGUACGGUCAGGUGUACAAAGCACGCGACAAGAACACAGGUCAGCUGGUCGCUUUGAAGAAAGUGCGCCUUGAAAACGAGAAGGAAGGUUUUCCGAUAACCGCCGUGCGUGAGAUCAAGAUCCUUCGACAGCUCAACCACAAGAAUAUCGUGAAUCUGAGGGAGAUUGUCACCGAUAAACAGGACGCUAUGGACUUUAGGAAGGACAAAGGCUCUUUCUACCUAGUGUUCGAGUACAUGGACCACGACCUCAUGGGCCUGCUGGAGUCGAAGAUGGUGGACUUCACGGAGUCGCACAACGCGUCCAUCAUGCGCCAGCUGCUAGACGGCCUCGCGUACUGUCACAGGAAGAACUUCCUGCAUCGCGACAUCAAGUGCAGUAAUAUAUUGAUGAAUAAUAAGGGUGAAGUAAAACUCGGCGACUUCGGUCUGGCGCGGCUGUGGUCUGCGGAGGAUCGCGCGCGGCCCUACACCAACAAGGUGAUCACGCUGUGGUACCGGCCGCCGGAGCUGUUGCUCGGCGAGGAGCGGUACGGACCCGCCGUGGACGUGUGGUCCAUGGGAUGCAUACUGGGCGAGCUGUUUCUUAAACACCCCCUGUUCCAGGCGAACGUAGAAAUGAUGCAACUAGAGAUGAUAUCGCGGGUAUGCGGCACACCUGUCCCAGGUGUGUGGCCCAACGUGGUGAACCUACCUCUGUGGCACACGCUGCGGCCCAAGCGGUUCCACAAGCGAUGCGUGCGCGAGCAGUUCGCGUUCAUGCCGCAGCCGGCACUGAACUUGCUGGACCGCAUGCUUGAGCUGGAUCCCGAUAAGAGGAUCACAGCGGACGAUGCGCUCAAGAGCCCCUGGUUGAAGAAUGUUGUGCCUGAUCAAAUGGCAGCGCCGGAGUUGCCGACGUGGCAGGAUUGCCACGAGCUGUGGUCCAAGCAGCGCCGCCGCCAGCAGCGCGAGCAGGACCAGGGCAAGAAGCCAUACUUCGACGAGGGCAAACAGAACGACAACUCCAACCAAUCGGACACUAGUUUCAAAAGCGAACCUUACAAAGACGGUUUCAAAACGGAACCCGCGCCGGAAACCGUCGGACAAGUUAAAUAACAUACGGUUAUAUACGGUUACUAUUAGUGAGACAUUUCCAUACGGUGCUUUGCGUUAGACCAAUAACUUGUGAUUUAAUAUAGACUCGACAUGGGUGCGGGACUUGGUGGUGUGGUUCCAGUGGCUGUUACAGGAAGUUCAACAGUGGAGUGUGAGGGGUUAGAGCGAAUGUCACAAAUCGAUUGUCGAUAUCGAUAAAAUAGUUCCGAAUAGUUAAUUAUGUAGUAAUUCGUUUAUCACGAUGCAUUUGUUCUAACCGCUAACGCCUUUGGUAAAUGAAAGUAUAAAGACAAAAUAGCCUUUAUAAUUGGCCUCAUAUAAAUAUUUAUAUAUAUAGGAUAUAAAUUGCGUUUGUUGAAACGCGUACCAAAAUUAAUAUAAAUAAAUUAAGUAGAAUAACCAAAGUGUGUGUUACCUGGCCCCUGGCUCCAGUCUUGGACGUUUGUCGGGCUUCAGUAUCGAUUUUUUUUACUUUAUCGACGUAACACUGAAUUAUCGUUUAGACACAAAUAAUCGAUAUUUAUAAGCGCGACAAAUGUCGAAGUGAACGAGAUUGGAUUGGGCCCGUGAGUAUCAGAACGAGUCGAGAUGUGAAUACAGAGUGCACAUCAUAUGUAUAGCGGUUGUAAAUAUAUGUAAUGUAGUGUAAUUUGUUGGAAUAAUUUGAAUAAGAACAAUUUUUGUUUACUAUUAUUACUGUGGAAAGAGGUGUUUUAUUUGUCUGUCCGUUGCAGAUUUUAAUCCUCACUGCUGGCAAUACUUUAUCAUGUUGCUAAAAGGACUUGUACCCAGAGCUUUGGAAAUUGAUGAAUUUUGAAAUC